AUGAACAACAACGGAAUCCGGAGCACAGCAGCGGAAUACGGGAUUCAACAGAGGAAUCCGGGAUACAACAACGGAAUACGGGAUACAACACCGGAAUACGGGGCACAGCAUCGGAAUAAGGGGCACAACAGAGGAAUAUGGGACACAACAACGGAAUACAGGAUACAACAACGGAAUACGGGGCACAGCAGCGGAAUACGGGGCAAAACAACGGAAUACGGGGCACAGCAGCGGAAUACGGGGCAAAACAACGGAAUACGGGGCACAGCAGCGGAAUACGGGGCACAGCAGCGGAAUACGGGGCACAACAUCGAAAUACGGGGCACAGCAACGGAAUACGGGGCACAACAACGAAAUACGGGAAACAGCAACGGAAUACGGGGCACAGCAGCGGAAUACGGGGAACAACAACGAAAUACGGGGCACAGCAACGGAAUACGGAGCACAGCAGCGGAAUACGGAAUUCAACAGAGGAAUACGGGAUACAACAACGGCGGAAUACGGGAUACAACAACGGAAUACGAGGAACAACAACGGAAUACGGGGCACAACAACGGAGGAAUACGGGACACAACAACGGAAUACGGGGCACAACAACGGAGGAAUACGGGACACAACAACGGAAUACGGGGCACAACAACGGAAAACGGGAUACAACAACGGAAUACGAUGAACAACAACGGAAUACGGAGCACAGCAGCGGAAUACGGGAUUCAACAGAGGAAUACGGGAUACAACAACGGAGGAAUACGGGAUACAACAACGGAAUACGAUGAACAACAACGGAAUACGGAUCACAGCAGCGGAAUACGGGAUUCAACAGAGGAAUACGGGAUACAACAACGGAAUACGGGAUACAACAACGGAAUACGAUGA